UUCGGUGGUUUUCAUAACAGAGAGUGUGAAUGAUAUUCGAAUUUUCGACUCGUGUUUGUGGUGUGGUUCCGGUUCCUUUAAAUACAAUCAGGUUUGGCACAGUUUUUGCCGAUUUUCCCGUCUCAGUGCGGUUCGGUUCGGUCCGGUUUGCCACUCGCGGUUUUUUCAAAACAGAAAGUUUGAAUGAUAUUCGAUUUUCGACUCAUGUUUGUGGUGCGGUGCCGGUUCCCUAGAAUACAAUCAGGUAUGGCACAUUUUUUGCCAAUUUUCCGUCCGCGUUUCAGUUCGGUUUGACAUUCGCCGUUUUUUUCAAAACAGAAAGUUUGAAUGAUAUUCGAAUUUUGUUUAAUCCAUAGUAUCUUAUGCGGUGACUUCAGUGAUUUUCCUCGAUCAUCGAAAAUUUCGCACAAAACCAUUUGAUAUUCACAAUCAGAACAUGAAGUAUACCAUCAUGAGAUUCUAAUUGUUCGACACUCGAUAAGAAUCGGAGUUCUUGAUUUUUCCCCCUGUUUUUACUGGUUUCGUAUUCGUGAAAAUCAGUGUUGUGAGGCGCGAUACACGCUGUGCGGUCUUGUUUGAUUCGUUCAUUUAGUUGAUUUAAAUAUCUCCACCGGAAAAGUGCUCUAGAAUCCUUUCAGUGUUCAAAAUUUCGUUUUCAAAACGGUCCUAGAACUAAAAGUGUCGAAUUUUCACCUUGUAAUCGAAUUCGAAUCCGAUAUAUGCUUACAAAUUCCGGUUCAAGAACCUUCGCGUUAUUUCCCUGGGUUUGAAAUUUUUUUUUUUUGUUUAAUAAAAGUCACAAGUUCAGCUCUUCUGUGGAUCGCGGAAAAAAUAAUGAAGAGCGCACAAUUGCACAUUAUAUUUAUCGACGGAGCGAUGAUAAUCACUCAAAAUUUGUGUACAUAAUCCACACCCUCCAUUUUCGAUUUCGAAAAUAUUAUAUCGUGAGGUGAAUUCUGCCCAAUGCUUUCUUUUCGUUUCGCGUUAACCAUCGCUACCGUACCAACGUAAUUCAAUUAAUAAAUCACAAGAUUAUUCGCCUCACUGGAUCGUUGGAUUAAUCAUCAAACUCCUCAUCUUUGGAAUAAUCAAUAUUUGUGCAUUGGUACACUCAACUUGAGAUCUUUUACUACCAUUGGAAUAUCAAAGAGAUGAGGCGACUCGACUGAGACGAGCUCGGGCCUGAGCUGAGGAGUGGCGUGAAUGGGACGCGCGCGGGACUAGCCGAGCGAGCGUGGGACUAGCCUGGCGAGUCGCGGGUGAUGAUCGGUGGUGCGGGAUGGUGGCGCGGAACUUCUUCUCGCAGGAUAUCUCCUCGUACACGCGGCACCUGCAGACGUGCGAGUGCGAGGACGAGCCCCCGCCCCCGUACCUCUCCCUCGAUCAGCUCAAGCAGCAGCAGCACCCCGGCACCCCCUCGGAGAGCUCCCCGCACCCCGCCGCCGCCGGCACCGCCGGAGCCCCCGCCGAGCAGAAUGUCUAUUACGACCUACAGCCCGUCUCCCAGAGCAACUGUUCCGCCAGCAUGUACAUUGGAAGUGGCGCAGGCUCUGCGACUGCCAUGCCCACAGACUCUGUGCCGAUUGUCGACAGUUCUAGGGGAGAGCCCAAAAAAAGAAAAAGUUCCUACCAUGGCAGCGACCUGGACAACGAUACCGACGAUGCCAAGUCUGCCAGAACAGAUGACUGUAAAAAACAGAAUCAUAGCGAGAUAGAGAAGCGACGCCGGGACAAGAUGAACACGUACAUCACGGAGCUGUCAGCGAUGGUGCCCAUGUGCCAUUUCAUGUCCCGGAAGUUGGACAAGCUAACCGUACUUCGGAUGGCCGUCCAGCAUCUCAAGUCCAUCCGCAGCGCGGUCCACUCCUACACGGAAGGCAGUUACAAACCCUCCUUCUUGUCCGACCAAGAGCUCAAACAUUUAAUCCUUCAGGCAGCUGAAGGUUUUUUGUUCGUGGUUGGGUGUGACAGGGGGAGGAUAUUAUAUGUAUCGGAAUCUGUCUCUCAAAUUCUAAGUUACUCUCAGGGAGACCUGUUGGGCCAAAGUUGGUUCGAUAUUUUACAUCCCAAGGAUGUUGAUAAAGUGAAGGAGCAGCUUUCAUCGUCAGAUCUCAGUCCGCGAGAACGAUUAAUAGAUGCCAAAACUAUGUUACCUGUUAGAAACGAUGCACCUCAAGAGGGCACUCGACUGUGUCCUGGUUCCCGAAGGUCUUUCAUUUGUAGAAUGAAGUGUAAAUUAAAUUCAGUUGUUAAGGAAGAAGUAGAAUCAAAUUCCAGUUGUCAUAGGAGAAAAAAGCAACAAUUUUCAGAUAAGAGGUAUAGUGUGAUCCAGUGCACGGGGUACCUGAAAUCUUGGGCUCCGGCUAAAGUUGGUCUGGAGGAGCAGGAGAGCGACGCAGAGGCGGAGACCUGUAAUUUAUCCUGUCUCGUCGCCAUCGGCAGAUCUCUCCCUCAACUCUACAAAUCCUCGUCUCAUCAACUCCGCCACAACACACAACCCAUCCAGUUCAUCUCUAGGCACGCUAUAGACGGGAAAUUUUUGUUCGUCGAUCAAAGGGCGACUUUGGUGCUAGGUUUCCUUCCUCAGGAGUUACUCGGGACAAGUAUGUAUGAGUAUUACCACCACGAGGAUAUUCCAAAUCUAGCCGAGUCUCACAAAGAAGCUCUAAAAAAUAGUGUUCCAGUUACUACCAAGAUAUAUAGGUUUAGAAACAAGGAUGAAAAGUUAUUUGUCCGCUUACAGAGUGAGUGGAAAAGUUUUCGAAAUCCUUGGACUAAAGAUGUUGAAUACCUAAUUGCGAAAAACUUUUUAGUGAUAUCAGACAGUGAUAGAAUUAGUUCAAACAUUCAAAGAGCUGAAAGUGCACCAAGGACGGAAACCAACUCCUUUGAAUGCUUCUCAAACUCUCAAACAAAUGGUCACAACAACAUGUCCGGCCGGGAUAUGACGCGGCUUAUUAGUUCACAUGUUGAAGCGAGCAAAAUAGGGAGGCAAAUUGCUGAGGCUGUCCUGGACAUGCAGAGGAGAGGUGAAGAAAGCUCACCGUCCAACGGCACACCUUCGCCGGCGGAAGUAACCGAGGUAGCAAAUAUAUUAAACGACAUACGGCAAGGCGCAUCGCGUGACGCCAUGAGCACAAUUUACAAUCUUGUUAACGAAGGCCAAGCAUUGAAUACCACUCAACCGAUUAACGGUGCUAACCAUGAUCUUGACGGUAUGAGAUCAACUAUGUUAAGCAACAGUUCCAUCCCGCUGUCUAACUACACGGCGAUUAGAAACAACGUCACUUUGUCUAGUUCAGCCAAUAGUACUGGUGAGCAAGAUGAUGUGCUGGACAUGAUGGACAGUGUUUCGCCGGAACAGUCCGGGCCGAAUGACUGCAACGACGAGGCUGCAAUGGCCGUCAUCAUGAGCCUUCUCGAGGCGGAUGCUGGUCUUGGAGGACCUGUUGAUUUUUCCGGCCUCCCGUGGCCCUUGCCCUAGGUUUCCAUCAGGAAUGUGCACAAUUGGUAUUUCCAUACUAUUCCUGAGCAUGUGGCACCCUAUGACUUCGUCAUAUUCCUGGUCGUGGAAUCGUCACCGAUGAAGGACUCAUCGAAGACACCGCGAUAUGGGAAGCGAUUCUCUCCGAGGUCAACAGGAAAACUUCUCUCUCAGACUCACAAUCAGUCGGAUCUUAAUGAUUUUCACGCGUAGGAGAGACGUUUCAAAAAUUAGGAUCCUUGUUAAUUUUGUAAUCCCAUCUUGGUUUAUGAGCUGAGCAUCUCUAGGGAGCCGGAAUGAAUAAGUUUAUGGUACUUUCCUUUACAAAAGAAGGAGGACGCGACCAGAUUUGCGAAAACGGGAGAGAGAGAGAGAGGGAUCAUGCAGGUACAAAAGUAGAAGAAAUAGGUAUAGAAAAGAGGGAAAAUGAAGAAAUCCAUAGGGGGUCUUCUCAAUCAUCUUUCUAAUUUCAAAACUGAAAUAUGGGUAUUUUUAUAAGAGGUCUGAGUUCUGCCGUGAUAAGGUAGAACGCCGUAUGAACCUUCAGGUGUUGCCAAAUUUCCUUCGAUAAAACACGAAUUUCCUGGU